AUGGAACAGGAGUUUGCAGUUUCUCCAGAUUUUGAUGAGAAUAUACAAUCCGAUGGUGAAGAUUCCGAAGAUUCGGCAAAUUCGAUAUCGAGCGAGCUUGGCAGAAUAGGAGCAGGGUCAAGAGCGUCGGGCGCUGGCACGCCGACAGAAAGAGGUCUUGCAAAAACGAAAAGAGAGGAAAAUAUUAUUCUUAAAACUAUUGAAACAACUAAGGCGCUGGGAUCAAAUACGUUGGAUUUGUGUCAUAAGGGAUUACUACAGAUUCCACAUGAAAUUUUGGAACUCUCUAAUUUGGAGUACCUAUACUUGGAAGGUAAUGAGCUAUCAGCUUUACCAGAUGACUUUUUUGACAAGUUGCCAAAUCUUGUGUGGUUGGAUGUGCGCCGAAACAACCUCCUUCGUCUUCCCAGUGUAUACACAGGGCGCCAUCAGCAUUUACGCUCUCUGCUACUGGAGAGCAAUCGUCUUCGCAGCCUUCCCUUAGAAUUAGGACUGAUAAAAAGUUUAAAUGGCCUAAAUACCAGUAAUAACCCUAUUGAGUUCCCUCCUAAGGAAGUAAUGGAGAAAGGUACCACAGCUAUCCUCCAGUUUCUACGGGAAAUGUUGCAUGCAAAGUCAACAGGAAAGAUGAUGAAUGGGGGAAGUGGUGACAAUGGUGCUGAAAAUCAAUCCAGUUCUAGUUCUGACGACUGGCAGGAUGAAGAUGACCUGAGGAAUUAUGCUCGACGUAAACACAUUGGCAAAAUGGAGGAUACGAAGAGUACCACCACAAAGUCAUCUGAUAUGUUUGGAGUGGUACCUCAUUCUGCUGAGCUCCAUCGCCCAGUCAGUUACACAGAGAUGAAACAGGAGAAAAAUGAGAAAUUAAAGAAAGCUGGGGCAGCAGGAACUGUGGACAGUUACUGGUUAGUACGGAGGGAACUGACACCAGAUACCAACUCUAGCAUAUACUUCAUCAAACAAAGUCACAGCUCCCUGUCUUGUAGAAACUUCAUUAACAGACGAACCUCGGCCUCCAAUAGUGUUCUGUCUUGGAAGGUCAAUCCCUACCCGGAACCGCCACCUUCAGAGUACAUUACAUUUAAAAUGAAUGAAGAACGCAAAAUUGCCAAAGUUAAAGAACUUCGUGAGAAAACUGAUGCCAUUAUACAGAGAAGAAAAGAUGAAGAAUUAUUAAAAGAAUGGCGACAGGAAACAAAAAAACUGCAACAAAAACGCUAUUUUGAGAGUUUACGUCGCGGAACUAAAGAUUUUGUUGACCCAGUGGAGAAAGCUCCUUUUGAUGUAGAUAAAAACCACAUGAAGUUACCAACAAAUGAAGAAAGAAUUAAACAGGAUGUCAAAAAUGCUCAUGAGCGAAUUAGGCGGACACUAUCUCCAACCAGCAGACAGAAAAUUGAGGAUGAAAAAGCGGCUCGUAUUCGAGAAUUGGAAAGACGAAUCAAACAACACACUUCACAAAUGCAUGAACGGCGAAAGCAGCCAAAGGGUACACCCCAGGAAGAAAUGGAGGCUGCUAAACGGGAACUUGAUGUUGUAAAAUCACUUCAGAAAGACUUGAUGAAGCGAUACCAAGAACUGAAGACCUGGACCACAGGAAAGCGUAAGAAAGGGCUUCAAUCACAUGAUGCUCAGUCUGAGUCCAUCCAACAGCAUCAGGAACUUGUAAUGUCUGACAUGUGA